UACAAUUUUUAAGAUUUAAGCUCUUGACUUAAAUAAUUAGCCGCAGCCUCUGCUGGGGAAUCUGGGCGCCCCAGUGACCGGGAGGGUGCUGCCGGGUGUGGACGCGGGCAGGGGGAGUGGGCAAAGCUGCUGGUUGGUGCCUGAAAUCAGUGCGUUGCCCCUUUAAUUGUAUCCCCAGCCCUCGGGCGUUUCUGCCCUACGCCCACGUCAGCAAAUACCUUUUGUUUCUCUCACGUUAGGGCUACUUGUUUUAGGGCGCAAGGCUUAGGCUUCGGAAGGGGGUCCUUCCCCUACCGGGAACCGGGAACCGUCGCCCAGCCUGCGCAAGCUGCCGGGGCGCCGCGGCCCGCGGUAAAUGAACCUGUGUCCUGCAAUGUCCAUGGAGGACAGAAGAGGCUGUCGGAUCCCCUGGAACUGGAGUCACAGACAGUUGUUAGCUGCCAUGAUCUUCCAUGGCCAUCCCCCAACCCAAAACUGACUUUUUUAGUGACAAAAGUUAUACAGCUGCAGUUGCAAGAUACGAUGCAAUCCGACUCAGUCUGGCAAACUGAAGAGUUAAAGAUCUAGGACAAGCCCCCAGACCCUGACUUGCUGCCUUGGCAUCUUCCCUUUUCACUGCAUUCAGCUGUGGUCACAAGGUUUCAAGAGCGGCAUUCGUACAUUUCCAGAAUGGAGAUCUCCUCUCAUCUGUCUGACCUCUUGCAGCAACUCAACGAGCAGCGCAGGCAAGAUGUGUUUUGUGACUGCAGUAUUCUAGUUGAAGGAAAGGUCUUCAAAGCGCACCGAAAUGUAUUGUUUGCUAGCAGUGGCUACUUUAAAAUGCUGCUUUCUCAGAAUUCGAAGGAGAUGAGUCAGCCAACCACAGCUACAUUUCAGGCCUUCUCUCCUGACACGUUCACAAUUAUCCUGGACUUUGUCUAUUCCGGCAAACUCUCUCUUAGUGGACAGAAUGUUAUAGAAGUGAUGUCCGCUGCAAGCUUCCUUCAGAUGACUGAUGUUAUUAGCGUGUGCAAGACGUUCAUUAAAUCUUCCUUGGACAUUAGUGAGAAAGAAAAGGAUCGCUAUUUUAGUCUCUCUGAUAAGGACGCCAGUUCAAACAGGAUAGAACGUCCCUCUCUUUAUGCUGGUGGCUGGCAAGAAGAGAGCAGUUCCCCUCAGCCUCACUUCAGCCCUGACCAAGGGACAAGUGUAAUUAGUGCAAAGUCAUGGAGUAAGUCUAAUUAUCAUCCAGCCUGCCAAAGGAAUACUCAGCCACCUCUGACCAAGCAUGAACAAAGGAAAGACUCCAUCAAAAAGACCAAGCACUUGAGGCUGUCCCCACUGUCUGAAGUUGCUCAUUUUAAGUCCAGCAAACCAGAAUCACAGACAUCUGAUUCUGCCAACCACGCUUCCCAGUCUGAAGAGCAAGCACAAGCUGGUGCUGAAAUGGACUCUGCUCCUGUUGGGUAUCAGUACGGUCAAGCAUCUGAGGUCACAUCCAGGAGUUUUCCAGGUACUGCAAAAGAGCCUAAGUCCCUCACCAGUUCCAAAGCCCUGUAUAAAUCAGUCCUAUCUCAACAUGCCCUUAAUUUUAGAUGCUAUGGCAAUUGAACCAA